UCGUACGGUGGCCUUGAUUUUCGAGGACGAGUUCCUAUGAAACCAGUAUCCAGAAAGACAAACGAAGGCAAACCUGCCCCUGGAACUACAAGGACUAUGAACAGGAUGGCAGGCAGGUGUGAUCAUAAUGAAGAAGAAAGGUAUGACCAUAGAAAGGGUGAACUGUUUAAAAAUCAACUAAAAGGCCCUGGAAGUAUUUUUUGGGACUUUAAGAUAAACAUUUUAGGUGUAAAGGAUGAUACUCCAAUCCAUUUAUGUGAUAAAUGUGAAUUACCUAUUAAAAUUUAUGGGCGCCUGAUACCAUGCAAGCAUGUUUUUUGCUAUGGCUGUGUUAUUUUGCAUGUAAACAGAGCAAAUAAGAUAUGCCCAGGCUGCAAUGACGCAGUACAGAUAAUUGAACAACAUAUGCUGGGUUCGCUUUUCAUGUGCAGCAUGGUUCCAGGGUGCAAGAGAACAUACUUGUCUCAAAGAGACUUACAGGCUCACAUCAACCACCGCCAUUUGAGACCCAUAAAGUCUGUUACUCCUACUCUGAUCAAAAAUGUUCAUCCUCCUAUUGGUCCACCACCAGCUGAGAUUCCUGAUCGUUUUACAACACCUUUAGAUGAGCAUCAAGUGAGCCAUAUUCAACCAAAGCAGCACAUCAGGAUGCCACCACCCCCUUUACAGCAUGUACCUGGGGAGCAUUGUAAUCGACCAUGUGAGGACACUGGAGCUCUUUCUGCGGAGGUAUUGAUGCCUCCACCCCCACCCUCAUUUCCUUGGGUGGGGCAGGAAUCCUUUGGAUUUUCAACAAGAAAGUUUAGCAAUCUAAUAACUGUUCCUAUUCAGAAUGAUUCAAGUUCAGGUGCCAGAGAACCACCACCUCCUGUCCCAGCACUUGCUCACCAGAAUACUGAAUUUCAAGGUCAACUAGUGAUUUCUCACCCUCCUCCUACUGUACCUCCGUGUCUACAUUAUGGACCACCACCACCACCUCUGCCUCCUCCACCUCCUGCACUACCAGUGAGCCACCCAAUGCAGCAUCCUUCCCAGGCAGCAGGUACUUUUCCUAUUGUUUAUAGCCAAGCUUUUUCUCCACCGGUGACCUCUGUUCUCCCACCAGUUCCUCCACCCUUUGGACAUAUCAGUGCCCAGAAGCUGCCGUAUGUGCAUCAUCUUAUACCAGGACUACCUCCCCGCCCUGGACAGGGUGGUCUGCCUGUAAAGGUCCCUGCACCUCACCACAGUUAUCCUAACUCUUGUCGGUGGUUUCCUGAACAUAAAGAAACUCUUAGGCGUCCAUUCACACAGCCAGGUGGAUUGAGGCCUGGUAUGUGGCCUGCACCAAGAGCGCUACCCCAACAUCUACUUCCAACUGCACGAAUGCAGGGUCCACCUCAAGGAAGACAUUGUGCUGAUCAGAUAAGAUAUAAGCCAUAUUACUAUUGAUUGGACUGUGAAGAUACACUGGGGGUUGAGAGCUGGUACUGAA